AUUUUCAAAAGUAUGAUUUUUUAAAUAGGAAUUUAUAUUAAAUACACCUGAUAUUGAAGCAAUGAAAUUUUGGGUUGGUAAUUUGGGUUAUCAUGCAACACAUGCUACUGUUUAUGCUCAACUUUAUACAAAUAAUGAAUGUUAUGGUCUUCAUUCAUUUGUUGUUCCUAUUCGUGAUCCAUUAACAUAUAAAACAUUUGAUGGUGUUGAAGUUGGUGAUAUUGGAGGAAAAUGUGGAUGGAAUGGUCUUGAUAAUGGCUUUUUAAUCUUUCGAAAUUAUCGUAUUGCAAGAGAAAAUCUACUUAAUAAACAUGCUGAUGUUUUACCUGACGGAACUUACAAAACGCCAUUUAAAUCAUCAAAUAAACGAUUUGGUGCAAGUCUUGGUGCACUUUCAACAGGUCGUGUUGGUAUAAGUAGUUUAUCUAUUGGUUUAUUAAUUAAAUGUAUAACAAUUGCUGUUCGAUAUUCAUGUGUUAGAAAACAAUUUGGACCAUCAACUGGUGUAGAAAUUCCUGUGAUUGAAUAUCAAACACAAAAUUGGCGUUUAGUUCCCAUAGUUGCAUCACUUUAUAUUUAUCGACAUUUAGCAUUGUCUGUAUUUGAUAAUUUUACUGAAUUCUAUGUCUUAUCAAUGUCAUCGGAUGAAAAUGAUCAAAAUUUACUUGCUGAUAUGGGUAGAGAAAUUCAUGCUUUAUCAUGUACAUGUAAAGCUAUAUGUACAUGGAAUACACAAAAAGCAUGUCAAGAAUGUCGAGAAGCAUGUGGUGGUCAUGGUUAUUUAUAUGCUAGUGGUUUUGGUAUUAUAAGAGAUGAUAAUGAUCCAUCAUGUACAUUUGAAGGAGAUAAUAAUGUUUUAUUACAACAAGGAUCGAAUUAUAUUUUAUCGAAUUAUGAAGAUUUAUAUAAGAAAAAUAUAUCAGUGAAUAGUCCAUUUCAUAGUGCUGAUUUUAUAGAAAAAAUAAAUAUUAUUCUUCAAAAUAAACAAUGUUCAAUUACACCAGAAUGUCAUCUAAAAGGUAAAGAAUAA